AUAUGGGUGUUGUCUAUAUACUUCUCCUUAUACAAGGGAUCACUGUGGAAAUGGUUUUGUAUCAACCCCAGAACAUUGUAUCUGUGGAGGUUAAUAGGACGGCAGUCAUCACUUGUGUGUCCAGUGAAGACUUAGAUGCCGGAUUAAAAAUUUCCUGGUAUCAUAGAAAAUGGGGAAGUAGUGAAGCCCCAGUACUGGUGAAGUCCUGCUCCAGUGAUAAUCAUCCACACAAAUAUGUCUGUAAGAAUGAGAAGUACACGUCCUGGCUGGAGAUACAUAAUGUACAGAUUAAUGACUCUGGAGUUUAUUACUGUAUGCAUAAGCACAUUCCAUAUUUUCCACAAUUUGGCAAUGAAACAAAGCUGAAUGUUGGAGACAAAUCCACCCCCAGAAGCUCUAUUCAUAUUCUUGGUCAUCUUCAGCCUCAGCAUUAUAACAGUUCUUUGCUGCUGGCUUGUGUAGUUUUUGUGGCUCAGAAUACAGUCCAUCUACACUGGAACAUCUCAGGAACAUAUUACAAGGGCCAGAUCAUCUCGAGAGAAGAAUCAGAUGGGACAUGGACUGUGAUUAACUUCAUCUCACUUCCGAAGGACAACUGGCAUCAUGGGGACAGGGUUACUUGUGAAGCUUGGAUAACAUCUUCUCCUACCAGUGUCCACUGGGAAAUACCAGGACAAGAUGAGUCCAAUGGAUAUGUUGCCUCUAAAUGUCAAGACUUUAUGAUACCAGUGGUGACUGCCGGGACUUUACUGAUGUUGACUUUGUUGAUUCACCUAAGCAGGACUAUCAAGCUUUCAGAUAAAACAGCUCACAAGGAUCUUGUUAUGGAGGAUGAAAUUGCAUAUGCCGAGUUGAAUAUAAACCAUCUUACCAGACUCAAAAAACAACCCAAACUGUGAACUCCAAGAAUAUUAUAUAAAUGAUGGGAAAAUGCAAAAAUUUCUUCUUACAUAUCAAAGUGGAUGGAUGAUCAGGAUCUCAAUUUACAUUGUUAUUACUCCUUAUAAAAAACUAUUAAUAAUCAGAAUUUCUUUUAAAAAAAAUCUUAAAAAAAAAAAAUCUAUACAGUAGACAGGUCCUUCACUUGGGUUGUAAAUAGAUAUGAGUGAUUCGAUUCAAAUCAAAACUAAUGCAUUUUUCAAAAAUUAACCCUUUCCCGACCAGCGCCGUACUAGUACGGCUCUGUCCGGGUCUUUAACCACUUAAGGACCACAGGUUUAUACCCCCCUAGUGACCAGGCCCUUUUUUACAAAUCGGCACUUCACAACUUUAACGGUUUAUUGCUCGGUCAUGCAACUUGGCACC